AUGAAAGACACUGAAGAUAUCCUGGAAGAAUUCAACAUAAACGCGGAGGAGGUAGAGAAAAAAGAAAGCGACAAGGUGGACUGCAAGAAGCAGAAAAAAGAUCCAUACUGUCUGGUGGAGGAGGCCUUAAACGGGCUUGAUGUUGAGGAUUUAGAUACCGCCCGGAUGGUUUUGACUAACUCGCUGAACGAGUCGAUGAUGGAGAGGGAGCGGCUGAUAAGGAAUAACUUUACUACGUACAUCAAGUGCAGAAAAGUGCUGGAGAGAAUGCAGAACACAAAGAAAGAAGCAGAUGUCUCGGGCUACUUUGAAAUAGAGGCUGUAAAAGCGCUCGAGCUCACGAUAAACCCGAUUCUUGUGGAGAAUAAGGAAAUACACAGGAAACAGCAGCAAAGAGACUUUAUUCUAAACAACAGCCUGCUGUUCAACGCAGAGUCUAUACUGAGCGACUAUCUAAAGAUCAACGACUUUGACUCGUUUCUCACAGACUAUAAGCUGGUGAAGAAAGAGGCAGAAAGGUUCGAAAACUCGAAGUUUGUUUCCUAUCUUUUUUCAAAAACCAUUCCCAUUCUGGCAAAGUUUAAAAUAGAAAUAGUGCGAAGGAUCGAGACGUGCAAGAGCAUACCAGAGUCUCUCCACUACUUCAAAAUAUACAUGCAGGUGGACCCGGAGAGCUACAACAGAGCGUUUGCCACUUUGCUGACCAUUGCAAAAACAGAAAUAGGAGCAAAGAGAGUUGCCAUGCACAAAACAGCGCUCAACCAUCUAAAAAACAUAAAAGAGUUCGCAGAAGACCAGACAGAAACACUUAUACACAUGGUAGACUCGAUGAAGGCUGUGGAUCUGGUCUGUUCACAGGAAAAGAAAAUGAAUGAUUUUUUAGUAAAUGCAAUAGAAGCCUAUGCAACCAGUCUGAAAAAAGAGCUUUUGGAGUUCUUGAAGGAGAAAAAAAACGAGAACAUUGCAGAUGAAAAGAUACCAAUGAAGCAGAGAGUGUUUUUAGUCAGCGAAAUAGUAGACGGCAUAGAGAGCAUUGCAGACAAGGUAAGACUGGAGGGGAUAGAUGACAUAUUGGAAAUAAGUGAAAUAAACAGUGUGUUCUCAGCCCUGAUCAAAAUACUUUGGAGAGAAGCAGACGUUGGAGGAGUAGAUGAGAUGUAUACGCUAAUAAACAGCUCAAGGAGCAUGUAUGGGAUAAGAAGACACCUUUCCAGCCAGAUAAAAGAGUUUCUUGUUAAGAUAAUCAGUAGAGCUGAAAGCGCAGGCUCCACAAAGCUUUCGCAUCUUGUAAGAGAGCUGUCGAAGGUAACCGUUGAAAUACUUCCAAAAGUAGAAAACUUUCUUGGGCCGGAUGAGAGAGGAGAAAUAGAGAAUAGAACAGCAGAGCUGAAAGAAAAAAUAAAAAUAGUUGGAAAAGAAGAGCUCAAAUGCAGAAUGUUGCAGGCUCUGUGCGAUGAAGAGCUUCUCAUGGCUGUUUUAAGAGUAAAAGUGAUAUUUAUGGAGAACUAUCUGAAAAACACAGAGAUAGAGAAUAAGAUAAUAAGCGAGGCUCUGGCAGAUAUAAAGCUAAACAGUGAUGUAAGUAAAUAUGUACUGAGAAAAUAUCUCCCUGAAAAAACAGUGCUUGGUGUUUUAGAGCAGACUGUUAUGAACUACACAAAGUGCAAGAAACAGUUUUCAGCACUAAUCGACUGA